GUCGGGGACGUCCGGCUAAUAUUAAUCGGGCCUUACGUUCGCGAAAUUUUAUUACAUUUUUUCUGUUCCUGGUUUGCAACCUGCUAACGUGUCUAUGGAGGUUGUAAAUGCUCGGUCAGCACUCUUAUCAAACUUUGAAGUCCUAAACCUCCUUCGCGAACUAGAUGCGGAGCACAUCGCCCGCACAAAAACUGCCAUCCGUGUCAAAAAAGAAGAAGAGGCUGCAGGAAAGAAUUCGCAUGACACUCAUACUGAAGAGAUAAGCGAGAACCUUCGCACAGUCGAGCUGGAAGCUAUUCAAUAUCUAUCUGCGGACUACCAGCCGAGCCUCCAUCAAUCAGACGCGAGCAUCACCCAGCUUACGGGCAGUCUUCAGCCCUUUGGAUUGUCGAAAGCAGAAAAGCUUCAGAUAGUCAACUUGGCUCCGACUGAGCCGGUAGAGCUAUAUGUUAUCGUCGAAGAACUCGAAGAUCGGUUGGGGAACCGGAUGAAAGAUCUUCUUGCUGCAGUGUCCAAGUCAUUGAACGAACGCGCCCCUGAACAUCCGAAUGGGGCUGUUGUUGUACCUGAAGUCAAACAGACACACGAUGAAGAUGCAGUGGAGGUCUACGAAGAAGCGGAUCAAGAGACUUGGGAAUAUGAUGCAAACGCGAUGGAGUUUGAUGAUACGGGAGAGGGAGCAGGCGUCGAAGGCGACCUUGAUGUUGAUGAUGAUUGAGGAUGUUGUGGUUCAAGGGAUGCAUUUACGUGCCAAGUGCACGAAGCCAUAGGUCAUCCCCAGGCCGUCGUCAUAUCUAGCUGCACGAAGGCUAAAGGAAAAUACCAUCGUGAGGCAAAGUACAUCUCUCACAGAUCUUUGACAUGGGGGAGUAUUCCUACCACAUGUACUUCACCCAUAGUUAUAAUGAAUGCGCACUGUUUGGGCGUCGCUCUGGCUACCUUCGCUUGGCCAAUCCCUCGAAGUUUAAAACAUGAUUAUUCCACA